AUGCUCUCUCUGUGGAAUCUGUAUCUUCUCCUCCCCCUCUCCUUGCCUCUCUCACCUCAUGUCAUUGCCAUAACUGGAGAAAAUGUCAAGGAAACACAACAACUAGACACGGACAGAGCAGUGCAGCAUCUCACACAGCCAUCACAGAGACUUCAUGGAUCUGGUUUAGCAACGGUGGAUCCCAUGUUUGGACCUGAGAAUGUUGACUUCCUUGGUCUACCUUUGAGUUGGGCCUUGUCGUCUUCUGAGGAAUCGGAUAGACAAGGUGUGAUUGGUGAAUACACUGAUUUACAGGAGAGCACAGAGACACCUUUUUUGUAUCCUAAUGAGAAUGGACUUGUCAUAUCCAGCCCCACAGAGAGUGCUACAGAAGAUGCUACCUCUAAGGAGAACAGACCAGACCAGGACUCAACUUCACCGCUCUCUGGUGGACCUGGGUCCAGCCCUGAGCACACCACUCCACCCGUAACCACUGGCAGUUGGGGAUGGACCAUAGGCCCUUCACAGGAAAAGACACAGGAGGGGACAGUCCCAGUGAAAGAGAUUGGAGAUGGAGCUGUUGAUAUUACAGACCGUACUUUGCACAGAGGAGCUGUCAGCAAGGAGGUAGAAAAAGAUGACCUCGGGGACAAUGGCCUUUCUGUCUCAAAGACCAGUGGCACACUCCUGUUUGAUGGUAACAUGAACGCAUCUGCUACACCCUGCAAAACAACAAACCAGUCCUGGACUCCCACCUACCCAGACGAUUUUACUCCCAGCGAGUCCCUGCAUCCCCCUCUGGAUCUCCACUCUGUCCUUUACGUCCCUCUGUAUUCAGACUGGAACUCUGCCCUUGCCACAUGGGGAUUUGCGUGGGAAGCUCACAUCUAUGGCCUGGGGUCUGUCUUCACUGUGUUCGGAUUUAUCUCUGUGGUCUGCCUGUUAGGCCUUCCCCUGCGGUGUCCCCCAGGAAGCGCUUACUUCACUCUCCUGCACUUGUUCCUCCUAGCAUUUGCAGGGAUCCAAGCUUUCUGUUUACUCUAUGAUGCUUACAGCCACCAAGAUCGCCUUCCUCCUCUGGGCUCUCUGCUGCUCUCUGAGUUGCCCUUUCCCUGUUUGAUCUCAGCCUUUACCUUGGCCUUCCUCCUUCUUUCAUUGCGCUCACGCAUGCAUCUUUCACUCCCACUUGCUAUUUCCACCUCAUUUUCAGCCUUGCCCAAACCUUGCCUGUUACUGUGUUUGUCCCUGGUGCAUUUUGGAGUCUCUCUAGGGUGUGUUGGCAUGCUCCAGCUCUUCCACAGCUUCCCCACCAUGAUAUUGCUAUUCCCUCAGGGCCUUUUCGUAUGUCUCACCAUCUUUCUCUCAUGCUCCUACCUCAUCUUCUACUGCUUAAUACGAGUUGACACUAAACACAUCUACAGGCUGAAUGACAAUGGAGAGAGUGGAGGAUCUCCUGAAGUGAUGCGACCUGCAAGUUGCCCGUUUGCCAAAGUUGAGGACUGGCGUAGAGCAGCAGGAGCUGGAGUAGGAGCUUCAUUGUGUUUGUUGGGGUGUGGAGGCCUACAGCUUUAUGGGAUCCUGCAUGCACUUGGUUUAGGUGGGGUGAAUGGCUAUGGGUUCCAGCCCUGGUCCUGGUGGGGCUACCAGGUAGGCUGCAGACUGUGUGAGGUUGGAGUGUGUCUAGGUUUGUCUCUCAUUGGCACACACCCUCUAUUCUGUCACAACAACUCUUCUAUGAAGACGAUAACUCACCCUCGGCCAGGAUCUUGGUCCCGUCUCUCCUGCAGCCCCCCUUCACGAGGGCUCACCCUGCCCUCACAUGGAGAUGCAAAUUCUCCUGUCCUCUCCUCACACGAUUCAUGGUCCCAAGGUAAGCAGGAAAAGCUGGUGGUCUGUGAUGUCAUCACUAAGGGAGAGUCAGAGGCUCUUCCUCUUUGCUCAAUAAUGGAUCCUCCUGGAAAUGGGCUAGAUUGUCUCCCAAAAUCCAGCCAAACACAUACUACCAUACUACCUCUAUCUACACCCCCAAGCCCACCUCACAAGCCUAAAAAUGCAGUUGAGCUAUCGUCACUAGAUAGCUUAGGUCUAGAGACUGACUCUACUGUGGACCUGCGGCCCCCAUCACCAAUAGACUUGUCCCGCAGCAUUGACCAGGCUCUGUUCAGUGAGUCCCUAUUCUCUCACAGUAUCUUUGGUUUGCCAAGGAUGUUCCAUGCUUCUUCAAGCCAUUCCUUGAGCUCUCCCAACCAAGGUGGAUCAAAGCAAGGGCCCAGUUCUGUGGAAAAAGCCUUGUACCGAACCUCUUCCUGUGGAGACAUGGAUCAAGAGAAAACACUGCCUAGUUCAAGAUCUUCCCAGCCACAUGGCUCUUUGACAUCUCACAACAAGACACCAGAGCAAUGGGAUUUGAAAGGGAGUGUUUCUGGCUCAACCCAGGGUCUGUGCAGCAAUCCCAAGGAAACAGGAAAGCUGCGCUCACAUUCCUGGGCCAACAGAGGACAAAGCUUUGCUCAGCACAGCCUUCCACGAGCAAUUCCCCACCUGUCUUACCACAGGCGUUACCGAACUCUGAGCUUAGCCUCCAAGGACAGCCAGGGUUCUGGCCGAUUGGCAGCGACUAAACACCUGAGUGAAAGCAAACAGCUGGAAUGGGAUCUGGCUGUACAGGCAGAGUUUGUCAAUGUGUGCAGACAAAUUGAUGCUCUGAGUGUUUGCAGUGACACCAUUGAAUUGUAG